AUGGAGCCCGCAGCUACUUCGACUCGCGACCGGACCGCGUACCUGUCAGACCUCUCCAGCCCUUUGCGACAGUCUUCUGCGUUUUCCAGCGAGGAUGAACCCAUGCGCUCGAGUGUCCAGCUGCAGCAUUUGCACCACCACCGAGAAGAAGAAGAAGAGCUGGAGCAGCUGGACGAAUCAAAGGUCCGGGCCGCUCACUCGACUUCAGUAUUGACAAUUACUGCAAACCCGAAUGCUAAGGUGACAAGUGUGACUGAGGAUCGGUCUUCUCAUCACCAAUUGUCCUCUGCAGACACAUUGUUGGGCGAAUUCCGCCUCAUAGUUGAAGACAGUGGUGACCAGCGCGUUUUGGAUGCAUUGCCGCCUCGUCGAGGGUCAAUUCCUAUAAUGGAGAACGAGAUUGAAGACUCGGGGCGAAUCAGUUGGUAUCAGAUGCCUCGACUAGUGCGUGCUACGUCCGGACGUUUCUUCAGGACUCCAGCUCCAGCUCGAUCUAGUACUCGAGAUCGAAGAAGGUCAUUACCGCUGACCAGGGCGUUCUUGAGCAACUCGGAUACAGCAGAAGAUCGAAAUGGUGGUGGUGAAGCUUCUCUUUCUGUUGCGGCUUCUGGUCGCUCUUCAUCUACCGGCGUGGAAGAGGCCGUAGAGGGAGAGACGUUGGGUAUGCACGGGAGACGGAAGAGCGAUAGUCAAGGACAUUUGGUACCCACGUUGUUACGAUCCAUGGCUGGCUACUUGGGACUUUCGAUGGAGGAGACAUUUUUGUGUCAGAUCUGUUACGAAUAUGCGCCGAUGAACACGUCGUUUGCUCUCUCAGUGUGCGGACACACUUUUUGUGAGACGUGCUUGACAAAGUAUUUGGAGUUCAAUGUUAAUGAAGGACAGGUGUAUCCGAAAUGUUUCUAUGAGGAUUCGGAGGAUAAGACCACGUGCAAGGCUGACAUCUUGGCAGACGAUAUUCAAGCAUUAGUUUCUGGCGUAGUGUGGCAGAAGCACGGCAAGUUCAAGUUUAAUAAGGAUCACGAACUUGCGCGACAGUGCCCGUACUGCGACCACUCGCAACUAUUUGCUGGAAGAGAUCAGCCAGAGUGCAUCUGUGAGGCCUGCAAUCGCGGGUUCUGCUUCGUGCAUAGCAGUGCCCACCAAGGCCGUACUUGUGCUGAGUACGACAAGAAGAUGAUUGCCGUUGAAAAGCUGAACAAUGCACUGAUCAGCAAGAUCUCCAAACAGUGUCCAGGCUGUCAGAACAAUGUCGAGAAGACGGGUGGCUGCAACCAGAUGAAAUGUGUGAUAUGCAACGCUAGCUUCUGCUGGAUCUGUCUGAAGAUCAUUGACGAUAGCGUUUUUCCCGAGCACUUCCAGUGGUGGAAUGUCCGUGGCUGCGCAGGCAACCAAAUGGUGGACACUGAGGGGCGAGGAGCUACUCAUAAGGGCAUUGGUGUGGUAAUGCGCAUGCUCUUCUUUGUACUCUUUGGACCUCCCGCAUUUGUGCUGGCCGUGGUAUUUUGUAUUAUCUGUUGUUGCUUCUUCCCGUGCACUGUCAGCGCUCGCCUCACCUUUCGGCAAGCAUUCACAACGUGCUUUUGUGUAUCCGGUUACGUUCUACUUGCUCCAAUCGUACUGGCGUUAGGGCUGGUAGCGCUGGGCGUCUUUAUCGGUGGUGUUGCAUCUGGUGCUGCAGUGUUGGUUUGCGUGUCUCCCGUCGUCGGUCUGGUGCUGCUUUUUCGACGCGAUGCGUUGCGUCCGACGUCUGAUCGACGGUUAAGCCACCGUCGCUCCAGCCAUGCUGAAAGUGGUCGAGCAAGCGUUAAUGACAACACACACUGUCAUUCGCCAACCGAUCAAACGACUUUUCGUUUGUCAAUGUCCGACAGUGCUUAG